AUGAUUACGUCACUUCCCGACGACAUCAUCGUCGAUAUUUUAGCGCAUGUGUCGAGAUGGGACUAUCCAACUCUCUCCCUCGUCUCUAAACACUUCCGGUCACUCGUUUCCUCGUCUGAGCUAUACGCUAGACGAUCCUUGUUGGGAUACACCGAAGCUUGUAUCUAUUCUGUUCUCUUUAAUUACGACACUGAAAGAUUUCAUUUGUAUGUUCUUCGUCGUCGUCUGAAAAGAAACAACAACAGUUGUUAUUUUGUCCUUAUCGAGUCACUUCCUCCUAUGCCUUCCAACGUAAGUUUUGUCUCGAUUGGUUCGAAGAUAUAUGUGUUGAGUGGAGAUUCGAGUACAACUCCCUAUAGCAUAGACUGUAGAUCUCACAUUGUGCAGCCCUACUCCAGAAUUCCUCAUGGAAGCAAGGCUAUACAGAUUGUUGACGUCAUCGACAAAAAGAUUUACGUAAUGGGAAAGUGCGAUCAUGACGAUGCAAAGAAGGUAAUGCUGGUGUUCAAUACAGAAACACAAAGGUGGGAGCCUGAGAUGACAACAAAGCCAAGCCUAGAGUUACGUCGGUUCUGGUUUGAACGCGUGGUUAUUGCGGAUAAGAUGUACGUGAGGGAUUACCAUUAUUCUCAGGAGAGCUUUGUUUACGAGCCAAAGGAAGAUAAAUGGGAAUUGGACGAGAUGUUGAAUUCUAAUAAGUGGUACCGUGGGUGCGUUCUUGAUGACCUAUUGUACUACUAUGAUCCUUUUGAGAACAAGUUAAGAGCGUAUGAUCCAAAGCACAGGUGUUGGAAAGUGGUCAAAGGUUUGGAAGAAUUUUUGCCUCAUAUAGCUUUUCCAUGGUCAGACACUGUCAGUUAUGGUUGGAAACUAGCUGUGUUCUUCAUUACAUGUGAAAAUUGGGUUAUAAGAAGAGAGAUUUGGUGUGCAGAGAUCUCAAUUGAAAGACGCCAAGGAGAAAUUUGGGGUAAAGUUGAGUCGUAUGAUGUUGUGUUUAGUUGGAAAUUUUCCUACAAUAAAACUCUAGCGGUUAUGGUUUGA